AAGAACUUGCCGCUACAAGACGAAGCAAACAUGCAACUCGCGAGCCUCUUGGCGACUCUGAGCGCGCUCGCCGCCAUCGCUGCGGCAUACCCUUCCUUGCGCGCCAUGCCGAACCCGUCGGCGUUUGGCGAUCAAGACGUGUGGGUGUUCUCCCGCGUGUGGUACCCCGAGAUCUGCGCCACGACGCCCGGGAAGGCGCUCUGUGCGACGCCGCCGAGCUACCUCGGAAACCACUUGGUCGCGGGCGACUUGAUUCCAGCGUACAAGGACGGGUCGACGCAGACGGGCUUGUGCCGCUACGAGUACGGCACGUUUCGCCCCGCCAACAUUGCCAAGGUUGGCCAAGACAAGCUCGCGCAGUACUGGCCCAGCCCCGAGGCCACCGACGCAAGUGCCAUGUGGUCGGGCGGCUUUGACGGCAACACGCCCGAGUACGCGUGGACGUGCGGCGGCUUGCACCAAGGCGCCUACUUGCAAAAGAUUGUCGACCUCACGAUUACGCUCGGAACGCCGUCGAUCUUGAGCGACCACGUUGGCGAAGCGGUCGACACGGCGGCUCUGCGCGAAGCGCUUACGACGGCGUCAGGCGCAGCGCCCGUCUUGAUCUGCCAUGGCGACGACCUCGCACGCGUCGUGACGUGCUACGGAAAGGAGAACCCCGACUUGCAUUCGACGUCGGACCCGAGCUAUGGACCCACGGAUGCGAUCGCGUGCCCGCCAGCGUGGCAGAAGCAAGACUCGUGCACGGGCAAGACAGUGCACGUGACAUCGUUUUAAGCACGACGAGAAGCUGGCGGUUUUCUAACUCUAACCUCGAUGUACGUAUGUGUAGCGAUGGAGCCAUUCAUCAUAGUAUCUUGAUUGUGUUGGCGUCAUAAUUCUAAACCGAGAUGUCAACGGCCGACUUGGUAGUAACGCA